CCAAACUAGCUGAUCGUGGGAUUUGCCACUCGCCCUCACCAUCGAAAUGUCUUGGAUUUAUCACGAGCGGCGCCGCAACUUCAGCUUCCCGACCCGACCUCCUCCCUCCUUUUCCCUCUGACACCUGAGACAUUGCCAGAGCCGUCGAAUAGGAAGCCAUGCCUCGACAGCCGUGUGUUAUAUCGACCGCUGGGAGCCUCCGUCAUAGGCCAUGGUGGUGACACUUCCUUUACCUGGCCUGACCCUGCUUCUGAGCCUUGCCGUCCCAAUGGACAAUCGACUCUCCGCUUCCAGCUCCGUUCACGCUGUGACUUCCGCUAGUUCCCUUUGCAUCUCAUCUCACUUCCUCUCCACGUCGACUCGGGAACAUCUCGAGCUCCACAUCUGUUUAACACCACCAUGAUACACAGAAGACCUUCGUCGUCACAUGUGUUGGUAUCGCUCACAUGAUGUACCACCAUCGUUGCUCUGCUCCCAGGGGCCCCCGUCUCUCGCUUUCUCGCUCAAUUCACUCAAUGGCCUGAGUCUCACCGCAGCCGUGUCAAUAUAAACUCGUCGAGAGGUCCCCCGCUUUCACUCUCUUCAUAGAUCGCUUGUAUAAGACAAGAGGAGGGACGCAGCAAGGCGAACCAAGAAAACGCCCCAGAGGACAAGCUCUGUCCAACCCUUCAGC